AUGAGGUGUGAUCAGUGUCAACGGGAUUUUGCUAACAAAAGCGAUUUAGUUAGACAUAAAGGAAAAAGUUGUAGAGGAGUAAAAAAUACGUCCAAGAAAAGAAAAAUUAAUUUGCCUGUUCUAGAUAAUCUUGGAGAUGGUGUUGAAAGACUACAACAGGCGUUCCAGUGCCGUAUUGCCACGUUUAGGUUUCGUGUUAAAGGAGAGUGUAUAGAUCCUUUCCAGUUUAUGUGUGACGUAAAGCAAAAAGUAAACCACGUGUUGGGUGAUUAUAAUAGAAAUCACCACAGCGUCAAGGUACAGUCCUUUGAUACCGUCUUCGUAUAUAAGAUUACUUUUUCAAUUGAGCAGAAGAGAGGUACGCUGAAUAGACAAAAUCAAGAUAGUGCCUGCUUCGCUUGGAGCAUUAACGCGGCAAUAUUACCUGCAAAAGGCGACCCUACUAAACCAGAAUCAUAUCAUCAUUAUAGUACACUGCUUAUUUUUGAUGGAGUUGGGUUUCCUAUCAAACUAGGAGAUAUACAUAAAUUCCUACAGUUAAACAAUAUAUCUGUCAACGUGGUUGGUCAAGAAACAUACUUCAAAGAUAGAAAAAUGAUCACUGAAUUAGUUGGUUCAUUUUACCAUAUAGCCAGUCGCCAAGCUACUCAUGUAAAUCUUUUAUUAACAACAGAUGAUAAUUAA